AUGGUUGGUCGUUCUCUGCGCACGCCGCCAGCGGCAGUCAGCGGCUCAAAGGGCGAUGAGAUACUGCAGCACACGACGGCGAAGUUCGUCUACGCCGCGGGUGCCAUCGUCGCCGAGCUCGCGCUGCUGAAGCUAGUCUACCGUGAGCCCUAUCGUAACCAGCGCAAAAACCGCGCCAACCGCUUCUUCGCCACAGCAGCCGGCUUCAUCCUCUCUGUGCUUCUCACCGCUCUCCCGAAUGAUUUAAUCGACACGAGUCUCGUGGGUAUCUUCUACUUUCAGCUGUCGAGUCAGGUGUACACACCGGCAAUAGUGUGCGGGCAACUGCUGCGCGUCUAUCUGGCAGCCCUCGUGCCGGCGCUGCCACCUCUGUCGGCUGCCUACACAGCCUUCCUGGCCUACUGGGCUGACGGCUUCGCAGGUGGUUUCUCCGCCACACAGGUUCGUGAAGCAUGGGCAGAGGUAAUCUUAACCCUAGUAGUAAUCUGUGCCUUUGUGUUCUCCAUGUCAGCCCGCCGCGGCGCCGGUGUUGCGCCGUCGUUGUUGCCACUGGAGCCGGAGAGUGAUGGCGACGACUACUACGUUGAAUAG